AUGAGCGAUCACGUACAACGUCUAAGACUUGUUGACAACGAACGAUUCAAUAAACUUCUUAGCACGUUGGAACAAGUUGCCGAACGUAAAAAAAUUGUUGAUAUAGCUAAAAAUUCUCGUGAAGAAGACGAGUUUGUAGAAAGUUAUCAUGAUGUAUUACAAAGUGUUAAAAAUAAAAGUGGUCAAGCUGGUACUGAUAUUGUCAAUUAUAUGCAUAAAAAAAGAAAACUGAGGGAGAUGGGUACCGCCGCUGCCCCCGCACCCCCUGCCGCGGAGGCGGGGGGUGAACCCAACCCACCGACCGGGGUGGGGUCUCGAAAUAGUGUAGCUGCUUCGCGCAAUCUGAUCGAAGGGUUUUUAAAAAGAAAUGGUGUUACAAGAACAAGUAAGGGUGUAAAAAGCGGUAGUAAAUCAAUUAAUGUUUCUUACGAAGAUUUACUAUACGAUUUAACACACAACGGUAAAUCGGAUGGUAAUUUAACCCAACGUGAAGAAACAGAAAGAUUAAAAUUUUUAAAUUCAGUCAAAAUGCCAGGUUCUUUCAUUCGUAAUGAUAGAAUACGUAAGAAUUAUAUGAGACAAAAAGCAAAUGUUAGCGAUAAUAGUGGUGGGGAGAGUUCCAGGGAAACGCCACAAAUACAUAGAGCCCCGAGACGAAGAGCAUCAUCAACUUUAUCUAGCGGGCGUUUAAGAGGUCGUGAAUUUAUUGUCGAUGACUAUGUCUAG